UUCUCGCCUUCUUCUCUAUAUUCUCUCUCGGGACACACAACAAGCACUCACAAGAAAAAACGCCAUGUUUCCGCUCGUCUCGCUACUUCUGCAGCUGCUCGCAUCAGUCUCCCCCUCGCACCUCUUUGCCUGCUCGGGCGGAGCCGGAGCCGGUGCGGCGGCGGAGGCCGGGAAGCUGAUCUUCAUACUGGCCGGGCAGAGUAACAUGGCCGGGCGUGGCGGCGUCACCGGCGACCGGUGGAACCACGUCGUCCCGCCGGAAUGCCGGCCGAGCCCAUCGAUACUCCGCCUGAACGCAGGCCUACGGUGGGAGGAAGCGCGAGAGCCCCUCCACGCCGACAUCGACGUGCUUAAGACCUGCGGUGUGGGGCCCGGCAUGCCCUUCGCCCACGAGAUCCUGAACUCCGCCGCCGCGCCGGCGGUCGUGGGCCUCGUGCCGUGCGCCAUAGGGGGCACCAAGAUAACCCAGUGGGAGAAGGGGACGCGGCUGUAUGGGGAGAUGGUGCGGCGGGCGAGGGCAGCCGGUGGCGGCGGCAGCCGGGUAGGUGCGGUGCUGUGGUACCAGGGUGAGAGCGAUACGGUGACCCGCGCCGACGCGGUGGCGUACAAGGGGAGAAUGGAAAAAUUGAUACGAGAUCUGCGGUCGGAUCUUGGGCUGCCAGGGCUCCUCGUAAUCCAGGUAUUCGAGUGAAGCUUCCGCGACAGCGUCACCUCGGCUAUCUUCACCUCGGCUAUCCGACUUCAAGCGCGGAGAUUAGGAGCAACAAGGUCGAAAAUCUAUGUAUAGAUCGACGGUUGAUGUGAGGGUCAGUGGCUAAUGUAUAGGUUGGCCACGACCAAAGUCCAUCCAUAUUUUUGAGUGAGGUACCAGAGUUCCAUUGAUAAUAGAU